GUGGGACCGGAACCACUGAGAUUGAACGGAAGUGGCCAGAGCGGCUUAGAAACCAUUGAGUUUUACCGGAAGUGGCUAGAGCGGCACCGGAACCACCGAGCCUAGGCGGAAGAUGCCAGAGCUGCCUCGAUAACCAUGGGGACGGGUCCGCGCCGGAAGCGGAAGUGGCGGGCGGUGCACGCGCGGUGAGGGCCGCCCGGCGGGGCCCGGAGCGGUUUCGGGGCUCCCGGGCGGUCCCGGGCGGUUCUCGGGGGGUCCCGGAGCUCUCGCGUCCCUCCGGCCAUGGCGGACCCGUCGCUGCUCUCGGCCGAGCUGGAGGCGGACGAGGAGGAGGAGGCGGCGGCGCUGCGGCGGCUGCUGCUGCAGGUGGCCCCGGACCCUGAGGAGGCGCCGAGCGCCGGCCCCGCCCGGGCCGUGACCCCGCAGCCGGGUUUCUGUGUCAAGACGCGCGCGGCGGGCGGGGGUCCCAAGGUGUUCCUCAACGUUUGCCAUUCGCCCGCGGUGCCGCCCCCGCCGCCCGUGCCCCCCCCGGGGCUGCAGCGGCUCCUGCGGGACCCCCCCGGGCCCGGCGGCGCCUUCCGCAUCCCCAUGAGCCUGGGGGAGCCGCACGCCGAGCUGGACCGAGGGGGAAGGGGCUGCACGGCCUACGACGUGGUGGUGAACUCGGGAUUCUUCAGGACACUCAAGGCCGACCCCCUGUACCUGGAGUUCUUCCUGACCGUGGCCCUGGAGGGGCUCUCGGACAAGUACGGGGUGGAGCUGGAGCUCACCGGCUGGCGCGUGCUGCGGAACCGGCGCUGCCUCGGCUCCAUCGCGGCCCAGAACAUCCGGGCGCGACCCCCGCCCCGCAUCCAGGAGCUGCCGGGGAGCUGCCGGGGUGACGGGGACCCCCGGGACCCCUCCCCAAAAGCCACGGAGACCCCCGGGCCGCCCCCGUUCGUGGUCGUGGCCUCGCCUUCGGCUGAGGAGCCGCGGGAGCUGCAGGCGAGGGUGCACCUGGGACAGGAGGGGGCGGGCUCUCUGUGGCUGGGGCUGAGCGAGGAGCGGCUGCUGCUGCUGCGCCCCGCGCCGCCGCCGGGGGGCGCUCCCGGGGCCGCCCCGGGCCGCCAGGGGGCGCUGCUGGAGCUGGGGCUGCCGCUGCGCAUGCGCGCCGACCCCGCGCGGUGCCGCGCGCGCUUCCACCGCCGCUCCAAGGUUCUCUCGGUGACGAUGCCGCUGCUGAGGGCGUGAGGGAGCCCCGGGAAAACCGCCAGGAGACCCCCAAAAUCCCAGCCGGGACCCCCCGAAACACCCACCCGGGAUCCCCCGAAACACCCACACGGGACCCCCCAAAAAGCCCACCCGGGACCCCCCAAAAUCCCACCCGGGACCCCCCCGAAACACCCACCCGGGACCCCCCAAAAAACCCACCCGGGACCCCCCGAAACACCCACACGGGACCCCCCAAAAAGCCCACACGGGACCCCCCAAAAUCCCACCCGGGACCCCAAAAAACCCACCCGGGACCCCCCGAAACACCCACCCGGGACACCCCAAAUAACCCACCCGGGACCCCCCCAAAAUCCCACCCGGACCCCCCAGGACCCCCAGACCUCUUUGGGGCCGCUCUCAGGAUGCUCCUGAGCCCCCCCAGCCACUCAGGGAUGCCCCCAGGAUUGUCCAGGACCCCCCCGACCCCUCCCGACCCCUCAGCCCCCUCCCCUUCCCAUUUUUGGUACCAAACCCCCCAAUAAAAGGCAAACCGUUA